AUGGCAAAGCGUAGUGUGCAAAAGGAUCUCUACAAGGUCCUACAAGUAUCGAGAACUGCAACCAUGAUAGAAAUUAAAACUGCCUAUCGAAAAUUGGCACUGAUUCUUCACCCUGAUCGUCAUGAUGGUUGCAAAGACAAGGCAGCUGCCUUUAAGGAAGCCUCCGAGGCAUACAAUGUGUUGAGCAACAAUGAUCGGCGAAAGGAAUAUGACUUGGCCACUGGGUGGGGAGUACCGGAUGGCUGGUACAAUAAAAAUCGUCGAGCUGCCCCUCCGUCGGACUACCGUAAAGUCUAUACGCCCCAUGCUCCACCGGAUGGCAAAUGGCAUGAUGCCCAAAAGCAUUAUGAUUUUCACUAUGGAGAUGGCAUGUAUCGCGAGGCAGUCAAGAAUGCUUAUGAGCGGGCCAAGAUGAAUGGAGAGUUGGACUAUAAUUCACCCUUGGGAAAGGGAUUUGCCUUUGAAACUAGAGACGACCGUAAAAAGCGUCGGAGCUAUCACAACAAUCCUUAUUCAAAAGAUGUGCAAGGGCCUCCCACCAUGCAGUACAAUUAUGAGGAAGGAAACAUGUCCACUGACCGCCAAGAAGCAGACGUGGUUCUCAAACGUAAGAAAGGAGUGGUGGAUAAGCUUCACGAGAGGCGACAAGAACGCAUGGAAAGAAGCAAUGGGCGGCCACGGCAGCAACCCACGACGGGUGAAUUUGCAGGGCAGAAAAAGUAUCCGCAAUACAAUCAACAAAGCAAUGGAUCAUGUGUGAUCAUGUAG